ACUUUUCAUUCAAAAGCCGAUUUCGAUGGUCGCCCAAAAACACAAUACAGACAGUGGAAAAGGCGAAUACCAUUAGAUCUCUAUUUUCCAAUCCCCAAAUUUUCUCUCUUCAAAUUUCAUCUUCUUACGAUAAAGAGUUGCAAUAAAUGGCUGAAGCAAAAUCGGCUAUGAGGAAGCCUGUUUUCACUAAGGUUGAGCAGCUGCGGCCAGGCACUAGUGGACAUAAUUUGACAGUAAAGGUUGUAAGUUCAAAGAUGGUAUUGCAGAAAGGUCGCCCUGCUGGCCCCCAAGUACGUCAAAUGCGUAUUGCCGAAUGCGUAAUUGGAGAUGAAACUGGAACAAUUGUAUUUACCGCAAGGAAUGACCAAGUGGACUUGAUGAAGCCUGAUACCACCAUAAUACUCCGUAAUGCAAAGAUUGACAUGUUCAAGGGAUCAAUGAGACUUGCAGUGGACAAGUGGGGUCGUGUUGAAGUGACUGAACCAGCUAGUUUCACAGUUAAGGAAGAUAACAAUUUGUCUCUGGUUGAAUACGAACUGGUCAAUGUUGUGGAAGAGUGACUCGGGGAAUUGACCUCUCCUGUUAUCUUGGGGCCAAAACAUCUGAAUCAGGCAAGGUGCGGAUCCUUGUGGUUUAUGAGAUCGAUAAAGUGAGUUUAUGUUGUUUUCCGAAUCAUCUUGGUCGCAUGAUGCAAGGGAUAAAAUUCUUGUUUAGGAACAAAAAUAUUGAAAUGAUUACUGCAAAAGGAAAGUCUGAUUGUACCAAGGCUGUCGAGGUGACUGUUGGAGUAAAUUCAGGCUCUAGUACCGCUGGUAAUCAGAGAAAAUCGAACUUGCUUUGGUUGUUUAUUUAUGUUGAGAAUUUGAGACAUGAAUUGCUCGUGCUAUGGGAUAUAAUAUAAUAUGAAUAUUGUGCAAGUAAA